AUGCGCUCCAGUGACCUUGCCUCGAACGAAAGUGAAGAACAUAACAUGAUUGCACCGGAAGACUAUCAGGCGGCGGAGAUUGAGGGCCCCCCUCCCUUGCCUCUUGAUCUCCAUGAGCACAAAAUCAAGAUUGCCUUAAACUGGGGCUUCAUAUUGCUCACAUCCUGCAUAGCUCCGUUGGUGCUUUAUCCAACUUUACACUGGGCGGCGAACCUGGAAGACAAAAUUGUCACUAUCAUUAUCGUGAUCGGCUUGACACAUGAACCGCCGAGCGUACGAAUGGCCGCUUUGCCUCCAUGUGUUCUACUCGUUCAAGUUGGCUUCACCCUAGUCAUAGUCGGAAUUCUGGCAAAGCUCGGCGUGCGACAGCCAUUUCCAGUCUCCUCAAUGCCCGCAGGCUCAGUCUUUCGUCCAGGCAUUCUAACCAUCAUCGAGGAUGUCGUUGCGGUAGAUGGGGGUAGAGGCAGGUUAUACCGCUCGGCCUUGAUGGAGAGAUACAGAGCCAGCUUACGAUUCCAACACCUAAUGGAAAGUCUCAACUGGUUUUGGGGUUUCGGUGGACUUAUUAUGGGUAUUUUGCUGAUAUCCAUAAUUUCCAAGGUUCACACCAAUACAUUUGCUUUCGGGCUUGGAUGGACCAUUCCAUGGAUUUGGGCUGGCGUUUGGGCGGUCAUUACAACUUAUUGGGCUAAGUCUGCGUUGAGGGAUGAGAAACGGACUUGGUCCGAACUCCAAAGGAAGAAUGCGGUUUAG